GUGUGUGUGUGUGUGUGUGUGUGUGUGUGUUCGUUCAUGUGUGUGUGUGUGUCGUUCGUUCGUUCGUUCGUUCGUUCGUUCUCCUGUCUUGCGUGUGUUCCUGACAUUUGUGUGUGUCGCCGUUUGGUGCACUUUUCGUUGUACCUGGUUCCCGUGCCCAGUUCCCCGGCAGUCUUACCGUGAGUUCUGUUUUGGAUUCUUUGUCUCCCUUGGACCAUGUCUGGAUUCUGGAUUUUGAACUUUGCCUGCUCCAUAUUGUAUUUGGUUAACCUCAUUGGACUCACUUCCCUGUUUCCACCACUGCCAGCCGGUAACCCAUAGUCUUGUACCUGGACCUUCUAUCUGCCCAUUGGCCUGUUACCUGUUGGUUGCCUGUCUGCCUACCGGUCUGUCCCUGUCUGUCCCUGUCUGUAAACCUCAUCACCCCAAUAAACACUGUAGCCAUCCAGCUACUUCACCCUCUUACCGCUUCCUGGUCAUCUGCAUUUCACCCUCAUACCACUUCCCUCUUCCCUUCACGGGAAAAACAGUCUCAAAAGGAUCCACACGAAUAGGUGGAGAUUCAGAAAUACAUUUACAUUGAAAAAUGCUAAGUUGAUGUACAAAUGAUGAUGUACGUGAUGUAAAUUAGAAGCGCAGAUACGGAUCCAGAUUUACAGAUACAAAUCACUCUGCAUUUAUUUGAGCAUUGUGUUUUACGUGUUUUAUUUUGAAGGAUAAACUGAAAGUGAGAAACCUGAAACGUCACCAAUGAUCCUUCAAUGCCCCAGAAAACUGUGACAGUAAAUACAGCAGGUGGUCUGAUCAUCUGACUCUGUUAUGACCUGUCAGACUUUAUAGACUUUUCAUUUUUUUCAGGCUUUUUCCAGAGAUACCUUUCAGACUUUCUAACCUCUUUCAGUCUCCAGCAGGUUUUGCGUUGCUCAAACAUGGAUCCAGAUCUGAACAUCGUCCUUCUGGGAAACUCAGGAGUUGGUAAAAGUGCUACAGGAAACACCAUCCUGGGACGACCAGCGUUUGAGUCAAAACAAUCCAUCAACUCAGUGACAACACAGAUCGCUAAAGAAACUGAAACUGUGUUCGGGAGAUUGAUCUCAGUGGUCGACACUCCAGGAAUAUUUGGAUCCGAGAUUCCGUGUCAGACCGAGUGUCAGGAGCUGAACUCCUCCGGGCCUUGUUUGUUCCUGGUGGUGGUUAAAAUAGAUCGAUUCACCACCGAGCAGAAGAACGCUGUGGAGGCAGCUAUCAAAGUCAUCGGAGACCAGUGUUUCAACGACUGUUACCUGCUCUUCACAGGAGGAGAUAACUUAAAUAGCUCGUCGUUGGAUGAUUUCAUCAACGAAAAACGAGAUGGUCUACUUCCACCACUCGUUGAAAGGUUUGAAGGGAGACAUCAUGUGUUCAACAAUAAAGAUGGUGGACAGGCACAAGUCAGAGAGCUGCUGGAGAAGUCAGGCCACCUCAGAAAAGUGAUGUCCGAUCCUCCUGACGAUCCCAUGAGGAUCGUGCUGCUCGGUCUACCUGGAGGAGGCAAGAGUGCAUCAGGAAACACCAUCCUGGGAUCAGAUCGCUUUGAAUCAGUCUGUGGCUUUAAUUCAGUCACUCCAAAGACUGUCACUAAAUCAGCCACAGUGGAGGGUCGUCAGGUCACAGUGGUGGACACCCCAGGAUUCACUGCAAAACGUCUGUCUCCCAGAAAGCUGUUUGAACAGAUCAUGAAGUCCGUAGAAAAGGCUGAUCCAGGACCACACGCCUUCAUCAUUGUGGUGAAGAUAGACAGGAUCUCUGAAGCAGAAGUCAAACUGUUGAAGAUGCUGCCAAAACUCUUCAGCAGUGAUGCUGCUAAGUAUACUAUGGUCCUUUUCACUCAUGGAGAUGAGCUAAAAGGCCGGUCCAUGGGUAGUUUGAUCCAGUCCAACAGAUAUGUGUCACAUCUGGUCUCCAGGUGCGGGGACAGAUUCUGUGUGUUUGACAACACAAAGAGAGGAAACAGGGUGCAGGUUAAACACCUUCUGGAUAAAAUAGACGAGAUGAUAAAAGAUAAUAAUGGAGAGUUCUACACCUCUGAUAUGUUCUACAAUGCUCAGACCAAUAAAACUAAACUUGCCAUUAAAUGGCAUGAAAUCGGUCAAUGGUUCAUACGUAAAAUCAGGAAUUAGAUCGUUGCUCUGGUGGGUAUGAGAGGGUGGAUGAAAUGGAUGAUAUGGAUGAAAUGGAGCUGAAGGCUCAGUAGCUGUGUGGGAUGAUGUCGCACUUCCAACUGUCUCCUGAAAAUUACAUUUAUACGCGACUUAAUGGUUUCACCAAAUAUGUUUUAGAGGAAAUGUACUUUAGGGGCGGCUGUGGCUUAGAGGUAGAGCGGGUCGUCAGCUAAUGAGAAGGCCGGUGGUUCGAUCUCGGCUUCCCCCAGCCUGCAUGUCGUCCUUGGGCAAGACACUGAACCCCAAAUUGAUCCCGAGGGCCCUCAGAGUGUGACUAAAUUAGUUUCUUUGUACUGAUGAGCAGUUGGUACCCUGCUGUGAAUGUGAUUUGACGUGUACCACUUUGAGUGGUAGAAAGGCGCUAUACAAGUACAGUCCAUUUACUUGAUGUGUGGAUUAUGGUCAGAGUCAGGUUUUAUUUCCAGUCCAGAAAGUGUUUUGUUCUUGUACAUCGCAGCAGUCAGAGGUCAGAGUGGAUGUUUGGACUUCGUUGUUGGUUUAGAUACUAAAACUCUUUGGUUCAGGUUCAGAAGAGAUGGUGAUUUUGAAUCUUGUGCUUCAAGUCAGCGUUGACUUUUUCAGUAUUUAACCAUAAAGAUGUCGAUCUGUCCUGAACCUGAACCAGGAGCUGAGAGGAUCGAAACCAACAGGAACCGUUUAAUCAGGAGUCGAAAUUAAAGGAAAACUGAACGUUUUGCAGAAACAUUAAAAACGUUUCCACAUCAUGUCGACAGAAAAGGUAAUCCAGACGGCUUUAUGUUUCUUUAGUAAGAUAGAAAUGUCCUUUCCAGGAGACAGUUGGUCCUUUAGUCAACUUUGUAAUGAUGUUUAGUUGAUAUAGAUUUUUUAUUGAGUGGGUUAAUUGAUUGUUCUGUUUUUAAUUUGAAUAUUCUUGUUUUGUGCUUUUCAGACGACACUCUGUAGUUAUGAGUUUCUUUGACCUUUGACCUCUUGUGUGUUUGUCAAAUCAGCUUCAGUCAGGAGACAUAAAGACACUCAAAAUACUGAUUUAUUAUUUACUUACUGCCCAUAUAUUCAUUUGUUUUCAUAAUUGAUUGAAUUUUGAAUAUUUGCAAGUUAUUGAUUCUUGAUUUCAAGCUUCUACUGAAAAUGAAUUAGCCUUAAUUAAUUAAUUAAUUGAUUAAUUGUCUUUCAGUUUUUAAACUGGUUGCUGUUAAUGUUCAGUGUCAUUUGUAAUUUGUUGUAUCUAUAAAUCAUUUUGCCUCAUUUUAAAAAACGUCUGCAGGAAUGAAGUUUAAAUAAAUGUUUUUAAAUAACGAUGUCAGUUUUCAUCAGUGAUGAGCAGAGAAUAAAUUAUGUCAGAUGGUAAUUAUUGAUGAUUAAACAUGAUAGAUAUGAUAUGAUGAUAGACGAUGAGAUGUUUAUGUUUCUGAUAAAUAAUUCAGUAACGUGAUUUCUGAACCUGUUUAACUUUAUUGUAUUGGUGGAUUUGUUCGACGUGAUUCUGAUAUCUUGUUAAUCUGUUGAUUAAAAAACAUGAACAUGUA